CACAGGCAGCAGCGACCCGUACUGCAUCGUGAAGAUCGACGACGAGGCCAUCGUCAGGACAGCCACGGUGUGGAAGACGCUGUCCCCGUUCUGGGGGGAGGAGUACGAGGUGCGCCUCCAGCCCACCUUCCACUGCGUCUCCAUCUACGUCAUGGACGAGGACGCGCUCAGCCGCGAUGAUGUUAUUGGGAAGGUGUGCAUCACCCGGGACAUGCUGGCGGAGCACCCCAAGGGGAGGGGGCCAGGGGGCCGGGAGGGGGAUUUGGCCAGGAAGGACCGGAACGGCGCCUCCGACCCCUUCGUCCGCCUGCGCUACAAUGGGAAGGUGCAGGAAAGCACCGUGGUGAAGAAAUCCUGCUACCCCCGCUGGAACGAGACCUUCGAGUUCGAGCUGGCCGAGCCCCCCGAGGAGAAGCUGUGCGUGGAGGUGUGGGACUGGGACCUGGUGGGCAGGAACGACUUCCUGGGCAAGGUGGUGUUCAGCGUCCAGGGGCUGCAGGCAGCCGGGCAGGAGGAGGGGUGGUUCAGGCUGCAGCCGGACAAGUCCAAGCCGAGGGAGGACGC